UUUUUGUAAUUGACGUAUUGAAAAAAAAUCCAAAAAUUUUAAACUGUGUUAACUUCAGGAUCAUUGCAUUGAAAUGUAAUUGAUACAUUACGUACUAAAUACGGAUACUAAUUAAUACCUAUUAAUUAAUUACAGUUUUUUAACAGACAGUUGAAUUAUAAAUUAAAGAUGAAGAAUUAACUUUACAAUUCUAUUAAUUGUUUUUUUAUUUUCUCUGAUAAUACUUAUCAUAUUUUUUACAAUUGUAUAAAUACAUAUCAUACUGACAGUAUAUUUGUACAGAGCAAAUAACGUCGAAGAUGAUGUACUCAUUACCGGGCUGGUGAUAACUGAUUUAACUUCAAAUAAAUAUUUCGUUGGUUAUUAUUUUUUAUUCCGAUACAAAAUUUACGAUAAGUAUUAUAAUUAAAUAUAUAUAAAUAUCUGAUGGAAUAAUUAUAAACGAUAAUAAUAAAAUAGAAUAAGUAUGAAAGAACAUAGAGCGACAAUAUUAACUCUUGUUGGUGUAAUAUGUGGAGUAAUUAUUGGAAUAUUAUUAAAAAAAUAUACGACGCAACCAUGGUCUGAGCGUGAUAUUAUGUAUUUUCAAUUUCCUGGUGAAAUAUUUUUACGGAUAAUAAAUUGUUUAAUUUUACCAUUAAUUGUAUCAAGUGUAAUAAGUGCGAGUUGUUAUUUAAGUAAAUCAGGUAGCAUUGGGCUUAAGGCAUUUUAUUAUUAUGUAACAACAACAACCCUUGGAAUAAUAUUAUGUGUUACGCUUGUCCAGAUAAUAAAACCUGGUGAAUUUUAUCGUAGCAAAAAUUCAACAGUUUUUGAUCAUUCGAAAAAAUCUGUAACUACUGACACAUUUUUAGAUUUACUGAGGAAUUUGUUUCCUGAUAAUUUAAUAAAAGCAUCUCUUAGUCAGUAUCAAACGCAAUUAACGAAACCAAAUGAUUCAAAUGACGAUGGAAAUAUAUAUUAUUGGAAUAUAAGUCAUCGAUAUAAUGAUGGAACAAAUGUGCUAGGAAUAGUGUCAUUUUGUUUAGUGAUAGGACUUGCAAUUGGAUAUUUGGAAGAAAAGGGAAAGCCUUUAAAUGAUUUUUUUCAAUCAUUAUCUGAUGCUAUGAUGGUGAUGAUGGAUUGGAUGAUAAUGACAGUUCCCGUUGCCGUACUAUUUCUUAUACCUGGAAAAAUAUUAGAAGCUGAGGAUUUAACAGUAAUGAUAUCUAAUUUGGGUGUUUAUGUACUCACAGUAUUUGCUGGAUUAAUGAUACAUGGUUUAAUUAUUUUACCACUUUUAUACUAUGUAUGUACACGGAAAUCUCCUUAUUAUAUAAUGUCAAAAACAGGCCCUGCUAUAAUUACCGCAAUUGGAACAUCUUCAAGUACAGCUACUGUUCCAAUGACCAUCAAAUGUCUCAACAAAAUCGGUAUUAAUCCAAAAGUAUCGCAGUUUGUUGCUCCGAUCGGUGCAACAAUAAAUAUGGAUGGCAUUGCAUUGUAUGAAACUAUUGGCGCAUUAUUUAUAAUUCAACAACGCGGACUUGAUUUUUCUUUAAUGCAAAUAAUCUCAAUAGCAAUAACUUGUACAGUAUCUUGUAUUGGAGCCGCAGGAAUUCCAAGUGGUGGCUAUGUUAUGCUAAUUGUUGUACUUGAAUCGAUUGGAGUCCCUGCUGAUGAUGUUACAUUAAUUAUAACGAUUGACUGUUUGAUAGAUAGAAUACGAACUACUGUAAAUAUUAUAGCUGAUGUUCUUGGCGCGGGAAUAAUCGAUCAUUUUACGAGUAAACAUGAAUUAGACAAUCAAUUAGAAACACCUGAACAAUCGUUGACCAGCCAAGAUUUUAUGGCAUAACAAUGAUAUCAAAUCAAUUAAUUGAAUGAUUAUAUAAAUGUAAAAUAUGAAAAUAAUGUUGGAAAAUCCAAAAGUGCAUACCUCAAUCGCUCAUUUUAUUUUUAAUCAUUACUUUUAUUUCAUAAUGUUAAUUUAUUUUUUAUAUGAACUUUUAUUCAACUA